AUGGAGGACCCAGUGGCCGAGAUUCCCAAGAUCAUUAACGGUCUCACCAAGACUCGACCGUCAAUCCAGCAAGCGACGGUUGAGAAAUACUUCAUUCCAUCCCUCUCCUUCCGCCAUCCGCUGUGCACCGUCCCGAGUUUCAGGGGAAGUCGGUGGGUGUACCUGAAAGUGCUGCAAUGGUAUAAGAUUAUGUCUCCGCGGACUGAGUCUGAGAUUCAUUCCAUCGCUUAUGAUGAGAAGAAUCUCAAACUAUACGUCAACAUGUCCCAGCUCUUCUCGGUCUGGUUUUGGCCAUUUCAUAUGGGAUCGGCGAAUCUCACUGUCAUGCUAGACCUCACUACAGACCCCGGCGAUGGGCGUUCUCAAGGUCAAGGUCAGAAGCGCUACUACGUUCACAGACAAGAGGAUCUGUAUCAGACAUGCGAAAUUAUCAACUUUAUUCUCCCUCAUGUGGGAUAUCCGUUCGUGAUAAUGAUGAUGGGCCUAGCAACGGUUGCCUGCGUCCUGGGUGUAUUCGUACUCUGGCCCAUUAUGUGGGCAGAGGACAAGCAGCUCCUGCCUGAGAGGUUCGUGAAGGGAGGCAAUCUGACCUGCGACAUGAGGAAGAGGGUCCGCGAGCUUAAGAAGAAACCCUAG